UCAGGAUUGAACUUUGCAUUUGACAAGCUCCGUUUUCCCUUUCCCUGUCCUGCACCUCUCCUGCAGCUUUCUGCUUUCCAAGCUUUGAGAUUGAAUAGCGCUGCGCUGAAUUGGGUGCAACACCAGCUAGACAAGACUUUGUAGCUGGACCAGGUGGCAGCUUCAAGCAUGAUCUUGAAAGAUUGAGCUGCAUUCCAGCUCCUAACCAAAAUUCCAGCGGCUCCUUUGGUGCUAUGAAGCGCGGCGCUGUGUCCUGGGCAAAGUCCAUUCCGCAAGCUGCCGCAUAUCAUCUUCUGUUCGAUGCAAACUCGUAGCAAAUACCUGCAAAUGGCCGAUAUGCCAAAAACAGGUGCAAAGCCUGUGAAAAUGAGCCUCCAGGUGAACAAGUUUGAGAUCAGUGUGGGCGACAGGGGACCCAAUCCUUUUGAGCGUAAGCGGCAGUUCUUGGUUGAACAGAACUAUGUGCUGCAAUAUGAGAUUCGUGUAAAGGGCACUUUCAGAAAUGGAGAGCAAUAUUCUGUAGAUCUCUUUCCAGCUUCUCAUACAGAUGCUCAUACGAUGCCCAUUAAGGGAGACAUCCUUCUCGGCUCAAUACAUAUUGUAGCACAGACCAGUGCCAUUGACCUGACUUUUAGCAUGAGCAGCGAUCAUCUGGCCGCCUGCGAUGGUCUUGAAGACUUCACUACACAGAUGGACGGCACUGUGAUUCGUCUCUGGAUAGAUGACGAGGUCCCUUUUGUUGAGAAAUAUGUCACCAUCUCAGAAGUCGGACUUAUUCUGAAGAGGAGAUUGGAAACAAGAGUAAGAAAGCGUGGUCGACAUGAGUUGGACAUAGAUGGAAUGAAAGUAGAAACAAGAUUGAAUAUUCAAUUUGCCAUGCAUUUGCGGCGAUCUUUCUGUGAAACUGAAGGGAUUCCUCCGAAAAUCCCAAAAAGGCAGCAAAGCCACCUCGUCGACGCUUUAGUUGACCAAAGUGGAGAUGUUCAACUUCUUGGCCAGGAUGGAUCAGUCCACACAGCUCAUUCGUCAAUCCUAGUUGAGUCGGCUCCCUACUUUCAGGCUUUGCUGAGCAAGAAUUGGUCUGGCGAAAACACAAAAGACCUGUCCCUGCCUGUCCCUGCCACUGGAGAAACCAUUAAAACCUUUUUGAAAGGCUUGUAUGGGGUCCCAAUCGGUUUGCAGGCACAGGUUGGGAAGAACUUUCCACAACUCGAGGACGUUUACCGCCUAGCAGAUGCUUGUGGGGCUCGUCAAAUCUGCCUUCAGAUUGUUCACUGCCUGGAAGUCUCGGAGGCAAAUGUUUCCUGGUGGAUUGACUGGUUGAAGGAGGAGCAUGCGCCUGAUGAGUAUGAGGCCGUGAAGAAGAAAGUCUGCAGCUUCAUGAAAAGUAGCUUCGCGCCCGCUGAUCUCUGGGACUUCUUUGAGCCCGACACAAUGCAAGCACUCUGGGAAGUUCGGCAAGGAGAUUCUAGAGCUCAGAGGGCACUAGAGAAAAGUCGUGGCAAGACCAAGGUUGCUCAAUAGAUUGGUAGUUUUCUUAUCACAAAGUCACCUCGAAGCUCAGGCCCCGGAUGCUAUUCUGAAACCAGACCGUUUGUACUACUUGCUAGGGCUUGCCAGGAUUCACAAAAGCCAGUUCGUUUGACAGAUUUCGGGCCAUGGAUGAUUGCUCCUGUGAUUGGCAACUUGGACAUGCGAUCUGAUUUAUAGUCCAG